AUGGACUCGUCGCCGACUCCAGCAGCUCGGGCGGAAGCCUACUGGCAGGAGGCCAAGAAAAUCCGAAUCAAGAUCAUCCGUGACAUCGAGCAGCUGAAGAAGGGGUCUAGCGGCAAGACUGAAGAGGAGCAGCUUAAAUCGCUGGAGGAGAGCAUGGCCCAAUUUCGGCUACGUUUUGUUUGCACGCUCGCCGAGGACCCCAAGUACAUCUACCAGUUAGAUGCAGAGGAAGUGAUGUGGCAGUUACACAUAUACAUCAACAAGGCCUACCGAGAUUUAUUCAACGAGCGCCUCCGAGGCCAACCCCAUGUCGUGACCAAGCGCAAGGUGGAGAAGCUUUACAUUAACUAUCUGAAGACGGCUCACGACUUCUACAAGAUCUACUUCCAACGCCUUCAAGCGCUCCAUGGCAUGCCACAGAUUCCUAGGAUAAACAGCGUCCUGAAACUUCAAGCUCCGGAUGUCGAUGAGCGCCAGGGCCAAAUUGUGGCGGCCGAAGCCGUUCAGAAGUCGUUUCACUCGACCCUACUUCAUCUAGGUGAUCUUUCUCGCUGGAGACACAAAGCCCGGCCGAAACAAGAUGGCUCAAAGAUGGCUUUGCUGUAUUAUGCUCUCGCGCAUGACCUCAAGCCAACCGCUGGAGAUGCUCAUCAUCAGAUGGGAAUGAUCUACACAGAGGAGCACAACCACUUACUUGUUGUCUACCACCUCUAUCGCUCCCUCGCUAUAGAGCAUCCACACGGGAACUCAACGCGCAAUCUAGAGAUCGAGUUCAAGCAGAUUCUUCAGUCCUCUACGCCUGCCAGAAGGACAGGCACUCCCGACCCCAACGAGGCCUUUUCCAACUGGUUCGUGAGGCUUCAUGCUCACUUCUACAAAGGCGAACCGUUUUCCCAACAGUCCGAACUGGAAGAGACUGUGCUCCACCGACUUGAGACAUUGCUGAGAAAGCCGGACACUCUACCUCUUAUUUUGAAGAUGGUGCUUAUCAACAUUGCAGGCUACUACGUCGCACGUUCUAGGGUCGAGAAGAAAUGGAGUUUAGGUGCUUCCAACUCGUGCCAGUUCAUCUUAGGGAUGAACGUCAGGUGGAUUGUAUCCCUGGGGCGUCUUCUUCAAUCGGAACUGUCAGAGUUCUCAAAGGCUGCGGCGCCUGCAAAAGACACUGUCGAUGUCAAGGACGGCGAAACGCACAAGAGCCAUGAGAAGUUCAGCCCUUUCACGGACAAUCUUCUUCCUCUGAUGCGUAUCUACCUGGCCUGGCUAUACAUUUACCGAGCCGACAUUGUGAAGUAUCAAGAGCAUUUGGGCGGCCACGUCUUUGAUAUGUACCGGAUUCUUGCCCAAGCCUUGACGACCAUAACCAAGGAAUUCCAAGGAAAGCAAAUCGCAGCAUCGCCCUAUCUGCUUCCUGAGGACGUUGUGGCCCUGGGUACGAAGCCCUUCGAUGAGCCUGGCUUGGCUUCAGUCUGCCGACUCCACCUCGCAUUCGGCAAGGAUACGUUCAAGCCGCAAUGGGAGGAUACUGGGCUUCCCAGAAACGAUUCCGAUGUGGAAAUGAGGGCUCGCGUCUACGACUUGGUGAACUGCGGAUUCUCCCUGUCUCUUGACGAUACCUUUCCGCUCGCUGCGAAUCCACCUGUGGAAGGCUCGGAUGGAAUAAUCACGAUCUCUUACGUCGAGGGAGGUAAGGCCUCGCAAUCUGCCCAAGGAGACUCCGUCAGCUCCCAGCCCGUGCAACCCGACUCUCAGGUUGAUCAACUGGAAGAAAAUCUUCGCAAUCUUCGCCCGGCAAGCGGGGCUGGCAUUACUGGACGAAAAGGUCCGCAGGCGGCGGAUAAUCUCGGCCGCGAGCACACGAGACUCCCGUCUGGCUCUGCUGCGAUUGAAGGGAGUCACCAAUUUUCGACUGAUAGCAUUGACCCUUUGGAGACAGAAUCAGAUCUUAGUCUCGAUGCACAGAUGCACAACAUGGUUGAUGAUCUCCUCGAGGAUGACGGCUCGGACCUAGUUCGUCCUGGACCGGGGCCUGCCGCUCAGCCCAAGACAUCGUCCUACGGUAUGCACUCAGCGACAGCUGAGCAAGUUUUCGGUGGGAUACAGACGCCUGGCCGCAACUCUGGUGUUGUCUUUGGAAAGCCAAAUCCUUGGGGAAGCUUUGUGAGCCCGCCACAGACAGUCUCAACGCGGGGUGAGCUUGCUCCUCAGUAUAAUGAGAGGGCCCAUAUCAGCAGUGGCUCCCCGAUCCAGGCGCAAAGAGCUUCAAGCACGUCGUCGUUGCAACCGACCGUCCCAGAUUUCACUCCUGGCCCAGGACUGCAACGAGGCUCGGAUAUUUCUGCCUUGUUUCCUGCGAGCAACACUCAAGCACCCGGUAGCCAGUUUGGCCAAUCAAGUUUUGGAUUUUCCGGCCGCCCUUCAUCUGGUCUGUCUGGCACACUGCAAGGCAGUCACGGUGGUUUUGGACAUGCCAGACAGAGACUCGGCGGAUCUACGGGGAGCAGCGGAGCCUCAUCAUUCUUCUCACCCAAGGAAAGUUCCGGUGCCUACGAGAUCGCAUCUGGGGCUCACGCAACAGGUCAAAUCAACAACACUCGGACUAAGGCAGUGUCGUCUCCCCUGGGAUUCGGCAUGGGCAGCAAUCCAUUCUCCACCGACUUCUCGCAGACUUCGUCUGGUCUUCCUCCUGUGAACAGCCCUUUCGGCUUGCCCGCAGGACAGCUCAAUGGGGGUUUCGCCCAGGGGGACAUAUACUCGUACAACCAGCAGUUCCCGGGCUCAUUCCCUGCUUACACGCAGCCCAACGAACUGACCACGGUCUGCAAUGGAAACGUCUACAACGCCACUACCGCGUAUGGCCGGGGCGUCAUAGCUGCCAAGGAUGAUCCUUCUCACUUCAGGAAUGCUGUGAAGAAGACACACAUGGCAAAGGCUGUUGCCGAAGCUGACGCCUACGAUCGGGCCAUUUUGGAGAGCGCUCUGGCGGAGGACCGUCCGAAGCCGAAGGGAUGA